GUACCGAGCGGGACGAUGACCAGGUUGGGGUGCUUGGAGGCCAAUUUCUGCAGCUCCUGUAGAAGACAGCUGAUGUGAGGCAUAUGCCGUGUCCCGAUCAGCAUGGCAGACACCAGCAAUUUGCCUCCAACCCUGGGACACAUGGUGUCUGACAGUAGUAGCAGCUCUCAGCCUGUCCCUCAAGAGCUCCUGUAUCCCACAUAGACAUCCUUCCACAGAUGUCCCACUCCAGUUCUCCUAUGUUCAGGGCUAGGACCUUCAGCCCUCUUUUGGAAACCUUCACACAUCCCGUCCCCCUCACCAGCCCUGCUGUCCCCCACCUCAGCUCUGUCCCAGCCCAGCCUCACCUGUGCUCGCUGUCCCUUGGGGUCCCGGCAGCCUGCAAAGACCCACUCAGGUGGGUUUGGCAAUGCCAGCAGGUGCUGGACAAAGCCCAGGCCGAUCCCUCGGUUGGCCCCAGUCACCAGUGCAGAGCGGACACGCAGCUCUCCCAUAUUGCUUCUCCUGCCUCUGCUCCAGCUUGUGUUGUUUGCUCAGUGCCCGAAUGUUUCUUAUAGCAUGCUGAACUUCCACCACGCCUACACUGGGCUUGUGCAAAGCCUUGGCUAUGGGUACAAUCCCUCCUGCACUGAAUUGUCCAGGACAUAGCACCUGGCUGGGAGCCAGCCUUUCUAAAGGGCAAAAGUGACUUUGCUUUUUUAAUUACAAACUGGUUGUCUGGUGAUGCCUGACCCCCUAAAUCGAGAGCCAGCAGCAGCCCUGGCCUGCAGAAGCUGUGCUGGCUGAGGAGGGUGGAAGCAGAAAGUGGGGAGGACACAUGAUGCCCCAUGGGUCUGCUGGACUUCCACUGAGCUUCUCCACUAGCACCACAAGUCAGAUGGGCAUUGCACAUCAUACCCAUGUGUAAAGCAGUCUGGGUGAUCUCAUUUCCCCAUUUCCCUUUCCUAGUCAGACUGUGCCUCAGGUGGCCACAAGUUGGUGUUCUCUGCUCUCCUUUCUUCCAUGCAAAUGUCCUAUCACUGAUGUUUGCCUUGGCAGGCUCGUGCUUUGGAGCACUGAGUCCAAAGCCACUGGCACAGGCUGAUGGGUAGAUGAGCAGUGCUGAAGCCAUGGACAGUGCAUACCUGUUGGCUUCUCCCAUUGUGUUGUCUUGGCAGGAGAGUCAACCGGAGCAUCUUCACCCCAGCCACGCUGUCUGAACUGCUCCAAAGCCCUGCUGUGCCCAGGAGUACAUCCCAGUCACCCCUCUGCAUGUCAGGCCGGUCUUAAGAUCACUGAGGUGCCACCAGAGCUGGUAGUCCUGCCUGACUCACUCUUUUCCCACCUACCAUGUACCAGUGUCCACAUUUGGGCAGCUGACUUGAGGCAUGAUGGCCCAGCUGCAGGAGGGGUUGUGUCUUCUUCUCCUCGCCUGCUGUCACCAGGCUCCCCCCAUGCCCUGCCUUGUGCUGUCACAGUACUUCUUAAUUCAGAACAGGACGGAUCAGUGGGUUUUGUCAAAUCAACGUGCUCCUCAUCUAGAUGUGGAUCCCACUGCUGAUAAAUGCCUCACUGGUGGUGAUCAGUUAGUAGCCAGAACUGUUAGAAAUAAUUUUAAAUAAAACUUUCUAAAGCUUACGCUCUCGUGGUGUUGAAACACCAUUUCCAUGCACACGUCUGUGAGAGAGAUGAAUUUUGCACACCCUACCACUGCAUCUCAGCAGGAGACAAAGCCCAGCUCAGAUGUCAGAACUGCACACAAAUCAGCCUCCUGUCUGGCACAAGAAUGGCACUCAAUGUUUGCCAUCAGGCAGAAGUGUUUCCACUUCUGGACCCGGGGGCACAUCUUCCCUGCUAACUUAUUUGUUAGGUUCUGCUGCUGCUGCUCUUCAUAAGACUUUGCAUACAGGCACAAUAUCAGCGUGUUAAGCACUCACGUUUCAGUCCCUUAGGAGGACGCUGUGACCAAGACGGCACAUUUACCCUCUCCUUUCUACUGUCUGUCCCUUUCAUUUCAUGACAAUGCCCUUCUUGCAGCCCGACACCACUUUCUGUUGUGAUCUGUUCCUGCUGUGCCUGUCAGCUAAGGCCAUACUCUCAGCUUCUUGGUGCAGUGUUGCUCUGUGCUCAUCGCCACUUGGGACCUCUGAGUCUCCCAGCUGUCUGUCCCCAUAUGAGCUCUGGCUGAGGCUGAUCUCUCACUGAGUGCUGUUUGUUCUCUCUGCCUCAGCACAGCUCCCGAACUGCGGGACUGCCUUUCUGCACCCAGAUAAUUCUUUUCCAUGGCCUUUUCUCUCUUCUCGCUGUCCUUUCGUGGCCACAGACCACCACAGGCAGAUCCAUGCCGUUGGCAGAAGAAUGCACCGCCCUUUCACCGAGUAGUCUUCCGUGGUUUUCCUUUUCUGCUUCAUCACCUGCAGUGUGAUAGAAAAGCCCAGGGUGCCUCAGAACCAGAUAAAACCAAAACCAGCUCCUUCAUCUCUCCUGUUUCUGCUGUGUCAUGUUGGUCAUGAACCUUUCCAUUGUUUGAGAGCUGUAAUGGCAUACUGUUGACUUUGCACUGGGGCCUCAUGCUGGAUUAUUGACCAUAAAGUCCUAAACAAGCAUUCCUAUAGCAGGGCUCAUAGUCCAGCCUGGCAUGAACACACCCAGAGGAGAAGAGUCAGCCUUGCUGGGGUGGCAGCGGAGCCGUGUCACAAGUGCUGCUGUCCCCAAGGCUCGGCCGUGGAAGGGUGAGACAUUCUUGCAGGCUCUGAACUUGAAGAUGAACAAAGCAGUAUUUUUCCUUGUGCUGAAAGGCCCACUGGUGUAUCCUGUCCCAUUGGCCCUCUGACAGCCAUACUUCACACACAGGUGCUUUCUAUCUUAGCGCGCUGUAAGGAGUUGGGCCAUGACUGCACCUUCCAAGCCCUGAGUGGCCGAAAGCUCAGUGUUCACACUUAUCUGGAUAUUUGCACAAAGGGCAAUUACAGAGUCACUACAGAAAUCUUGGGAAAUAUCCUUUUGUUUGUCAGGCUGAGGAACAGGGGCAUGUCACAAGUAUCACUGUCACAUUAUGUUUACCGUGUAAGCAAUGGUAAAGGCGCUGCCUUUCACCAAGGCUAUUGGCUUAAAAUGCCCGUCUCUGUCCAACUCCAGCUUACCUGUGCCUGGGGCCCGGAUGGGGAUGAGACUGAUGUGCUUCAUGCCUCUUCUGCUUCAGUCCUUCUUAGAAAGACCAGUUGUUCGGAGGGUACCCAGACCCCUGAGUUGUAAGGUGGUGACAGGGAGUGAGACGCGGCCCCUGGACUCCAAUGGGAAACUGACUGCUCUCUGCUUUGUGUCCCUGACCACUUGGGUCCGGAUGAGGAGGCUGUGUUGGACAGAUCCUGGCACUUCCAGCCCCAGGGGGGCCACAUCCUUGGAGGCAGGCUCUGAUCCCACUACCCUUCACUCCCUGAAAGGACAUUCCAGAAGUGACAUUUGUCUCUUGUGGGGAAACCUUACAGUAGCUGUGUCCGGGAGCAGUGGGUGCUGAUGCAUACCAAUGAGGAGUGGGAGACCCCUGGGAAGGGACUGCGCUCCACAGGCACAAAGCAUGGAUCAGAGCCUGUGGUGGUCAGAGAUGGAGCCAAGAGCAUUGCUGUGCUCAGAUAUGAGUUUAUUGAGGAGGAAGCAGAGGUCGGGCAGCAGCACUGGGGCCACUGCCAGGAUCCAGGCACGAGGCCGGGCCAGCAGCUCACCAGGCCACAACGUUCCCUUCCCAGUCCAGGAAGGCCCCGCUGUCCUUCUCGGAGAGGUUGGAGAGCACCUUCAGCAUCCCUCCUACGCUCGCGUCCACCGUCAGCGGGGGCUGCAGGGCAGAGGGAGAAACACGGGCGUGUGUGCCCAAGGGCUGCCCAGGCUGUGCCCUGGAGCCUGGCUGCAGGAAGGCAGCGGCUCCGCCGAGGGGGAAGCAGAGCCCUGGGCAGAGGGUGAGAGCUGGGAAGCCGGGCGGUGGGGCUGCCAGAGCCAGGGCUGGCGCUGCGCAGGGGUCCCCGGGCAGGGAGAGCUGCCAUGGUGCUGACGGAGCAGGGCCCCUGAGGGGGUCUUGGUGCAGGGCUCCGGGAGACAGCAGCCCCCCCCCAUGGGAAACCAGCACAGGCUGUGGAUGCACCCAACACAGGGAAGCCCCUACCUUGUCUCCAACUGCUUUUCCCAUGUCUGUUUGCACCCAUCCGGGAUGGAGAGCGACGCAGAGGAUGCCGUGUUCCCGGUACCCCAUGGACUGGCACCUGGUGAGCAUGUUCUGAGCAGCCUGUGGGAGACAGCACGGGGAUCAGGUGGGGAUCAAGGGAAUGUUCUGUGAAGGACGAGGUGAGUGUCAGGAGCUCAGUUACAGUAGAGAGAGAUGCAGAGACUGUCAGAGAUGACACCAGGGGGCUCAUGCAGUCAUUUGCAGAGUAACGAAUGUUAGAAUGUUGGGCUAAUGUCCAGCAUGUCACAAACCUUGCUGCAGCGAUAAGAAAUACAUUGUGCAGAUUCCCAUAAAAAGACUUCUUUGAUUGAACCAGCAGUGCUGGACAUGUUGACGAUGGCUGCCUUGCUGCAGCUCAUCCGCGAGCCCGGGCUCUCCUGGGCUGCCUUCUUCAGCAGGGGCAGGAACGCCUGUGGGGAGGGGAAGGAGAGGCAUGCACAGAGGAGGCUCAUUGGAAGGGCACGUUUCCUUCUGCAGGAGCUCACAUCAGGACCACAGAAUCAGAGGACAGUUGUGGUUGAUAGAUAUCUCUGUCGAUCAUUUGGCGCAACCUCCCCUACCCAAGCAGAGCCACCAAGAGCCCAUUGCCCAAGACCACAUCCAGGUGACUCUGGAGGAUUUCCAAGGAGGGACACCCAACGACCGCCGUGGUCAGUCCCUGCCAGCACUCAGCCACCCAUCAGUGAGCCCUGUCCCACCAUCUCCUUCCCUCCUCCGCUGAAGGCAUCAAGGCCACAGGACAGGGACGUUCCUGGAGCUGUGGGUGAGGGCAUUACCUGGCUGAGCAGCAGGGGUGCGAUGGUGUUGGUGGUGUACACGUGGAGCAUGUCCUUCAGUGUCUCAGUUUCAAGUGUGUUCGCAUUCAGAACACCAGCAUUGUUGAUGAGGAGGUUCAGCCCCGAGCCCUUGAGGCGCUCCCCGACGCUGGCUGCGGCCGCCUUGAUGCUGGCGGGAUCGGUGACUUCUGCAGAGGCGAGGUGGGGAGGUGAGUGCCCGCUGCCCUCGGUGUGUGCCAGCAGGCACAGUGCUGGGACAGAGCCCUGCACCAGGGAUGGGGGAGGAUGCAGCGCUGGCACAGCAGGGAGCCCGGCUGAGGGACCCUCACCCUUUGGGGUGCGGCUGCGUCACGUACCGAGCGGGACGAUGACCAGGUUGGGGUGCUUGGAGGCCAAUUUCUGCAGCUCCUGUAGAAGACAGCUGAUGUGAGCCUCGUGUCACGCUCUGGUCUGCACAGCCGACGCCAGCCCUUUGCCUGCAGCCCUGGGGCACCCGGUGCCAGGCAGAAGGAGGAGCUCCCAGCCUGACCCCAAGGAGCCCCGGGCACCCCAUGCAAAGCCGGUCCCAUGGCCAUCCCACCUUGCCUGUCCUGUGCCUGAGGUGCGGGGCUGCAGCUCCCUGCUGGAGACCUUCACACAUCCCGUCCCCCUCAGCAGCCCUGCUGUCCCCCACCUCAGCUCCGUCCCAGCCCAGCCUCACCUGUGCUCGCUGUCCCUUGGGGUCCCGGCAGGUUGCAAAGACCCACUCAGGUGGGUUUGGCAAUGCCAGCAGGUGCUGGACAAGACCCAGGCCGAUGCCCCUGUUGGCCCCAGUCACCAGAACGGAGCGGACACGCAGCUCUCCCAUAUUGCUUCUCCUGCCUCUGCUCCAGCUCGUGUUGUUUGUUCGGUUCCGACAUGCUUCUUAUAGCAUGCUGGGCAGACAGCCCCCCCCCCCAAGGCUUGCACAAACCCUUGUCUCUGUUUACCAUCUCCCAAAUUCUUUGAACUCUCUGGGACACAGCUCUUGGCUGAGAGCUAACAUUGCAAAGGGCACAAAUCAGCUCGAUUUUUGAAGUCAAAUUCUCCUUUAAGUUGUGUGGAAGGUGAGCGUGUGCUCCUUCAGGGCUUUCUGGUCAAGGCCAUUUUCCAGUGCCAAAUAAUUAUGAAGAAAGUGAAGUAGCCAGAAAGAAUGUGCAGCGACACAGACUGGACCUAAAAAGAAGGGACAUGUUCGUGUGAACCCAACUGGGUCUUAUACUCCUGAGUGCGGGUGUGUGUGAGUGAGAUAGCUUUUUCCAUCAAGUGUACCUUAUAGGGCAGCUCGAAAAUGGGAAAUUGAGGCCAAAUAGAGAAGCCAGGGACCCAAAUAUGUCAAGACACAGAUUGGAGAAAUCAGCCACGGAGACAGUGAGAUGAGAUGGAUCUCCCUAUGGCACUUUCUGCAGACUAUUUAGCAGGGUCUGUUGUGAUAGGAUGAGGGGAAAUGGUUUCAAACAAAAAGAGGGGAGAUUAAGACUGGGCAGUGCAGCACUGGCAUGGACUGCCCAAAGUGGUGAUGGAUGCCCCAUCCCUGCAGACUGCUAAGGUCAGGCUGGACGGGCUCCGAGUGCCUGAUGGAGCUGUGGAUGUGCCCGAUUGUUGCAGGAGAGUUGGAUAGGAUGACAUUUAAGUGUUCCUUCCAAGUAAAACAUUUCUAGGGCUCUGUUCUAUUUCCACUGACCUCUGUUCGAUUUUCUCAUUUCUCUGGUUAAAUCUCUUAUCUACUCUCUCUGCAUAUUUAUACUCUGGUGUGCCUAUGUGUGAUGCAACUCUGUGGACUCACAGCUGCAACAGAGACGGCUGUGCUCACAGACAGAGUAAGCAGCUCUGCUGUUCUCAAAUAUGGGUUUACUGAGGGGGAAGCAGAGGUCGGGCAGCAGCACUGGGGCCACUGCCAGGAUCCAGGCACGAGGCCGGGCCAGCAGCUCACCAGGCCACAACGUUCCCUUCCCAGUCCAGGAAGGCCCCGCUGUCCUUCUCGGAGAGGUUGGAGAGCACCUUCAGCAUCCCUCCUACGCUCGCGUCCACCGUCAGCGGGGGCUGCAGGGCAGAGGGAGAAACACGGGCGUGUGUGCCCAAGGGCUGCCCAGGCUGUGCCCUGGAGCCUGGCUGCAGGAAGGCAGCGGCUCCGCCGAGGGGGAAGCAGAGCCCUGGGCAGAGGGUGAGAGCUGGGAAGCCGGGCGGUGGGGCUGCCAGAGCCAGGGCUGGCGCUGCGCAGGGGUCCCCGGGCAGGGAGAGCUGCCACGGUGCUGACGGAGCAGGGCCCCUGAGGGGGUCUUGGUGCAGGGCUCCGGGAGACAGCAGCCCCCCAUGGGAAACCAGCACAGGCUGUGGAUGCACCCAACACAGGGAAGCCCCUACCGUGCAUCCGGCCACGUUCCCCAUGUCUGUUUGCACCCAUCCGGGAUGGAGAGCGACGCAGAGGAUGCCGUGUUCCCGGUACCCCAUGGACUGGCACCUGGUGAGCAUGUUCUGAGCAGCCUGUGGGAGACAGCACGGGGAUCAGGUGGGGAUCGAAGCAACGCUCUGCUCCAGCUCACUUUUGCUUGGUGCCCAAAUGCUUCCUGUAGCACAGUGAGCUUUCUGCUCAGCCCCACAGGGCUUGCACAAACCAUUGUCUCUGUUUGCAGUCUCUCGAAUUCUCUGAACUGCCUGGGACACAGUUCUUGGUUUAGAACCACCUUUUCUAAAAAAAAUCAGUUUACUGUUUUUACAGCAAACUGGCUGUCUGGUGACGCCUGACCCCCUAAAUCGAGAGCCAGCAGCAGCCCUGACCUGCAGAAGCUGUGCUGGCUGAGGAGGGUGGAAGCAGAAAGUGGGGAGGACACAUGAUGCCCCAUGGGUCUGCUGGACUUCCACUGAGCUUCUCCACCAGCACCACAAGCCAGAUGGGCAUUGCACAUCAUACCCAUGCGUAAAGCAGUCUGGGUGAGCGCACAUUUACCCUCUCCUUUCUGCUGUCUGUCCCUUUCAUUUCAUGACAAUGCCCUCCUUGCGGCCCCACACCACUUUCUGCAGCAGCACGCUGUGAUCUGUUCCUGCUGUGCCUGUCAGCUAAGGCCAUACUCUCAGCUUCUUGGUGCAGUGUUGCUCUGUGCUCAUCGCCACUUGGGACCUCUGAGUCUCCCAGCUGUCUGUCCCCAUAUGAGCUCUGGCUGAGGCUGAUCUCUCAUUGAGUGCUGUUUGUUCUCUCUGCCUCAGCACAGCUCCCGAACUGCGGGACUGCCUUUCUGCACCCAGAUAAUUCUUUUCCAUGGCCUUUUCUCUCUUCUCGCUGUCUUUUCGUGGCCACAGACCAGCACUCCACUAGCUGAUAUAUGUCAUUUGUAGAAGACAAGGACCCUCCUUGCUGGGCUGGCUAUGGAGUUUUGCCACAAGCGCUGCCUCCCCCGGUCUCACAUGGGCAGUUUCUGCCUUAUCCUGCUGUAAGGAGUCAGGACCUGAUUUCCCUUUCCACGCUAUUAGUGGCUGAAAGCUCGGUUCUGUUCACACCCAGCCAGCUGUUUGCACAAAGGGCAAUUACAAAGGCUCUAUACCAAUCUUGGGAAAUAUGGUGUUUGUUGUUAGGCUGAGAAACAGGGGCAUGGCACAGUUAUCUUUACCGUGUUUAAUCCACCGUGUAAGCAGCAGUAAAAGUGCUGCCUUUUAUCCAGAUUCAUGGAUUUACAACGUGUUCAAGGCUAAACAGGCUCCUGUCUUCACCUAUUAAUCACUUACUAAAGAAUGAAACGACAGCAAUGAAUGAACAGCUAAUCAAGGGGUGGCUCGGGGCUUGCCACUGCCUGAAUGGUGAAGCUGGGCAAGUCUUAUCAGCUCUCUGUGACUCAUUUUGUUUCUUGGCUGCAGAGUAGUACUGGCACCACAUUUGAUGGGUUUGUGCAGGGAUCCAGAGGGAGACUACGAACGUGUUCCUUUUUGAACCUCAUAGUGGAUUUUCUGGUUCAGAGCAGAGUUCCUGAGCCAAGAGCUUCUUGUAAGCAAAGCAUUUCUGAAGGUCUCAAACUGUCUCAUUGGAAAAAGCAGACGUGGAGGUUUCGAUGGAGCCAGGAUGGAUGCUGAUGGGAGCUGACCACGAGGCCAAGCAGGGCCCAAAAUGCAGAAAGCACUUUCACUCCCUUGCACUCAAGCAGGGCUCAGGAAAUGGAGGUGGAGCAGCGUCAGGUAACUCUUCUGGCUCCUAUGGGGAGGAGCACAGAGGAGCCAGUCUUCUUUCAGUGCUGCUUUUAGUAUGGCAAAGGGGCGCAACCAGCUUCUGAUGGGAUGAAGCUUGAGUAGAUGGAUGGGAGAAGAGAAGCGCUUGGGCUCCUGGAAUCCAGCAUGGAAGAUGUGGUUGUGUACGCAAGGCAGACCUUAGGACACAGAAUCACAGGACAUCCUGAGUUGGAAGGAAGUCGUGUUUAAUUAGCUGACCACACUGGAACACUCUGUGGUAGAUCUGCAAGGCUCCUCCAUGCAGGAGCUGAGAGAUCUGGCAUCCAAACACCCAAACCUGGUGCUGGUGAAGCUGGAUGUUGCCAAUCCCUCAGCGAUUGUCAGUGCUGCAAAGAUUGUGGAGGGGAAGCUGAACGGCGCCGGGCUGAACCUGCUGAUAAACAACGCCGGCAUCUUUACCCCCGUGUCACUGGAGACGGUGGACUCUGAAGAGAUGAUACGGGCAUACAAGACCAACGCGGUGGGACCGCUGCUGAUGGCCCAGGCGUUCCUGCCCCUCUUGAAGAAGGCUGCCCAGGACAGCAGGGAAGAAGGACUGAGUUGCAACAAGGCAGCCAUCAUCAACAUCUCCACCCUCUUGGGGUCCAUCGAGAGAACUCCUGAGUCCUAUUUCAAGCCGGUCAUCUCCUACCGCUGCAGCAAGGCUGCCCUCAACAUGCUCACCAGGUGCCAGGCUCUAACCUACGGCAAGGCUGGGAUCCUCUGCGUGGCACUUCACCCCGGCUGGGUGAAAACUGACAUGGGCACCCAGGAGGCCGACCUGACAGUGGACACGAGUGUGCAGGGGCUGCUGUCGGUGCUGCCCAUCCUCUCUGAGAAGCACAGCGGGAUGUUGCUCAAUUGGAAAGGCAAAACAAUUCCAUGGUGAGCCCAUUUGAGGGACCACACAGUGCCAGGGGUACCCUGAGUCCCCAGGAUGCUCAUCACGGUGUGGCAUGCAAGUAACCUACCCAGGACUCUGCCACUGACUGUGCAGGGCAGGCCAUGAUCCCUGCAUCUGAAUGGCUAAUAAACACGAUGGUCAGUUAA